UGUACUUGCGAUCCUGCGUUCCCUCUCCCACAAUACCCUGCGCUCUUUCUUUCCAACUUGCCGGCACGAUGGCUCCCGCCAAGAAGGGUGGCGAGAAGAAGAAGGGCCGCUCGGCCAUCAACGAGGUGGUGACCAGGGAGUACACCAUCAACAUCCACAAGCGCAUCCACGGCGUGGGUUUCAAGAAGCGUGCCCCUCGAGCACUCAAGGAGAUCCGGAAAUUUGCCAUGAAGGAGAUGGGGACUCCAGACGUGCGUAUUGACACCAGGCUCAACAAAGCUGUCUGGGCCAAAGGAAUAAGGAACGUCCCAUAUCGUAUCCGGGUCCGUUUGUCUAGAAAACGUAACGAGGAUGAAGACUCGCCAAACAAGCUGUACACGUUGGUCACCUACGUGCCUGUCACCACUUUCAAAAAUCUGCAGACCGUUAACGUGGACGAGAACUAAUGCUGAUGGUCGAAUAAAGUCAUACAACUGCCUUGGAGGUUGGUUUUCUGUUUCUGACGGCAACGUGGUGUUUGUAACCUUAAAGUAGUUCCCAGUUACCGA